AUGGAUGAGAAUGGAGUACAAUUCGGCCUCGCGAUCAAUCGCGACGGCCUCAGGCUCAACGUCGCCGUCGAUGGCCGCAACGGGCACGCAAAAAUCGGCGUCAACGUCAAUACCGACAACAAGGUCGAGAUCGUUGUCAGCGUAGAAGAGCCCGCAACCGGGCGAGUCGACACCGAACCCGUCGUUUCGACCCACGGCGAAAUUCGAGAGCGGGAGGAACAGGUUGUCGCAGUCGAAAAUCGUAUCGAGAACUCGGGGACCGUCAAAGACAGCGACGUCGAGAUGCGCGAUGGGGAGGGGGAUGAUCAGGACAUCGAGAUGGAGUAA